AUGGAUGGGUAUUUGUUAGGCUUAGGCUUCGACAAAAGCCUGAGUGAAUCCACUCUUUAUGUCAAGAAGUCUGCUUUGAACAUAGUUGUUGUGUCUCUCUAUAUGGAUGACAUGCUGGUGACAGGGAGUGAUAGUGCUCAGAUUAAUGCAUUUAAGCAAGAUAUGAUGAAGAUGUUUGAAAUGACUGAUCUUGGUGUGAUGUCUUAUUUUCUUGGGAUGGAGAUUAAGCAAGCUCAAAAUGAGAUCUUUAUAUGUCAGAAGAAGUAUUUGAAGGAGAUUUUGAAGAGAUUCAACAUGGAGGAAUCAAAAGUUGAGCUGCAUAUGGUAGCAGCAAAGAGAGUGCUGAGAUAUCUCAAAGGUACACUUUCAUAUGGAAUCAAAUUCUACAAGGUUCAGAUGGUUAGGUUGCAGUGGUAUUCUGACAGUGGUUGGGCUGGAUCAGUUGAUGACAUAAAGAGCACUUUCGGGUAUUGUUUCACAUUUGGAUCAGCAUGUUUUUCAUGGUGUUCAAAGAAGCAAGAGAUCGUGGCUCAAUCAACUGCAGAAGCUGAGUUUAUUGCAGCAACUGCAGCUGUGAAUCAAACUUUAUGA